CUGGGUUUAGACUUGCAACCUCUAGUUCCCCAUGUAUGUUCUUUGCAAAGAUUGGCCUCUAGAUGGAUGCGUGUGAGGGACUCUCUGGGCCCGGGGCUCGGCGCCUCGGGCUGGGCUGAUGGUGGGAGAGCUAUGAGCGGCCGGGCAGGGUCCUCACUGGGGGCUUCCUCUGCCGGCCAGGGCGGCCGGGCGCCUCCGGGACGCGAGCGCGCACGCCUCAGCCCGGCCGCCGCGCUCCUCGCACCGCCUUCUCCGCAGGUCUUUAUUCAUCUCAUCUCCCUCUUCCCCUUCUCCUCCUCCUUUGCCUCCUUCUCCUCCUCUUCCUCCUCCUCCUCCACCACCACCACCACCUCCUCCUCCUCCGCCGCCGCCGCCGCCGCCGCCGCCACCUCCUCUUGCAUCUCACUGGCCUGGCUCUGUGUUGCUCUGAGUGACAAAGACAAUGUCCCAGCCUUAACUUUGCAACCACCUUGCCUCCUUCUGGGGUUCGGCGGGGGGGAGGGGGGACAGCAGCCGCAGCCUCAGCAUCUCCUCCAGCUUCUCCUUCUGCUCUUCUCCAGCUCUUGGAUAAUUCUUUCCUUACCCCCCCCCCCCCCCCCAGCUCUUUUCCUCAUUUCUUUCUUGCUUUCUUUUUUCUUCCCGUCUCCUGCACGUUGUUGUUGUUAUUAGAAAGGCUUCGCGCACCCCCUGGUGCUCCGGCGUUUUGUGUGGCAGGAGAAGAUUGUCUUCCUUCUCUCUUUCUGUCUUGCUUUCUCUCUCCCUCUGGUUGCUCAUUAUUCAGAGAGAGACACAGAGGGAGGGAGAGAGAGAGCGCGCGAGGGAGAGGGAGGAGAGGAGAGAGAAGAGGAGAGAGGGGAGAGAGAGAGAGAGAGAGAGAGAGAGAGAGAGAGAGAGAGAGAGAGAGAGAGAGGGAGGGAGGGAGAGGGAGAGGGAGAGAGAGACGGAUAUCUCAGGUCAUCUGCAGCUGCAGCGAGUCUGAGGAGCCGAGGAAGGCAGGGAAGAUGGCGAUCCUCCAUUGCUGAGACCCGGCAGAAGCACAUGAGACUCCCAAACAACUUCCACAACAAUAACCCGAGCAGGAAGAGGAGAAAGAGAAAGAGGAUAAGGAGGCGGUGGGGCUGGAGAACCCGAAACACCUCCCGGCGCCGGGACGCUUCUUCUGUUCCUAAUGUGAGAAGGUAGGCCCAGAUCAUGGAGGUGCUUCAGUGCGAUGGCUGUGACUUCAGAGCCCCGUCUUAUGAAGAUCUCAAGGCGCACAUUCAGGAUGUCCACACGGCAUUUCUGCAGCCAACUGAUGUUGCUGAAGACAAUGCUAACGAGCCACGAUCCGGGUCCAUGAAUGCCAGUAAUCAGACAGAGGUGGAGUAUUCCUCUAUAAAGGACGAAUUUGCGAUCGCAGAGGAUUUAUCAGGUCAAAAUGCAACCGCACUGGGGACCGGAAGCUACUAUGGCCACAGUCCAGGAUAUUACGGUCAGCAUAUUGCCCCUAAUCCCAAACCAACAAACAAGUUUUUUCAAUGCAAGUUCUGCGUCCGCUACUUCAGGUCAAAAAACCUCCUCAUCGAACACACAAGGAAGGUCCACGGAGCUCAAGCUGAAGGGAGUUCGGCGGGACCCCCUGUUCCCGGAUCCUUAAAUUAUAAUAUCAUGAUGCACGAGGGAUUUGGAAAGGUCUUCUCUUGCCAGUUUUGCACAUACAAGUCACCGAGGAGGGCAAGAAUCAUUAAGCAUCAGAAAAUGUAUCACAAAAACAACUUGAAGGAGACCACGGCUCCCCUCCCUGCCCCUGCUCCAAUGCCAGACCCCGUGGUCCCACCCGUGUCUCUGCAGGACCCCUGCAAAGAACUGCCGGCAGAGGUCGUGGAGCGCAGCAUCUUGGAGUCUAUGGUCAAGCCUUUGACCAAGUCUCGAGGCAACUUUUGCUGUGAGUGGUGCAGCUACCAGACCCCCCGCCGGGAACGCUGGUGCGACCACAUGAUGAAGAAGCAUCGCAGUAUGGUCAAGAUCCUCUCCAGCCUCAGACAGCAGCAAGAAGGGACGAACCUCCCCGAAGUGCAGAACAAAAGCGCCCCCAGCCCCACUUCCAAUUCCACCUAUCUGUCCAUGAAUGCUGCCAGCCGGGAGAUGCCCAGCGCUAACGUCUCCAACUUCCGCGGCUCCAUCAGUAACUCCAUCAUGAGACCCAAUUCCUCGUCCGCUUCCAAGUUUUCACCCGUGUCUUACCCGCAGAUGAAGCCGAAGUCCCCUCACAACUCUGGCCUGGUUAACUUGGCGGAGAGAUCGCGUUACGGGAUGGCUGACAUGACCAACUCCUCUGCCGACCUGGAAACUAACAGCAUGCUGAAUGACUCCAGUUCUGAUGAGGAGCUGAACGAAAUAGACAGCGAGAAUGGCUUAAAUGCCAUGGAUCACCAGACUUCUGGCAUGUCUGCGGAGCAGCUGAUGGGCUCAGAUGGCAACAAAUUGUUGGAGACCAAGGGGAUUCCGUUCCGAAGGUUCAUGAAUAGGUUCCAGUGCCCCUUUUGUCCUUUCCUCACUAUGCAUCGACGCAGCAUCUCCCGUCACAUAGAAAACAUCCACUUGUCCGGAAAGACUGCCGUCUAUAAAUGUGACGAGUGUCCGUUUACUUGCAAGAGCUCGUUAAAACUCGGCGCUCACAAACAGUGUCACACGGGUACAGUGUCAGAUUGGGAUGCCGUGAAUUCCCAGAGUGAGAGCAUGUCUUCGUCGCUGAAUGAAGGUGUGGUGUCUUACGAGGGCUCGAGCAUCAACGGGAGGAAGUCAGGAGUCCUGCUGGAUCCCUUGCAGCAGCAACAGCCACCGCCGCCGCCGCCGCCGCCGCCGCCGCCGCCUCCGUCCCAGCCGCAGCCACCGCAGCUACAGCCGCCGCACCAGGUACCGGCGCAGCCGCAGCCCCAGCCCGCACCGACGCAGCAGCCGCAGCCUCCCGUGCCAGCCCCGCCCCUGCACCCUUACAAGUGCACCAUGUGUAGUUACUCCACCACGACUCUGAAAGGGCUGCGAGUCCAUCAGCAGCACAAGCACUCGUUCUGCGACAACUUGCCAAAAUUCGAGGGGCAGCCCUCAAGCCUGCCACUGGAAAGCGAGACAGACAGCCACCCCUCUUCCAGCAACACUGUGAAGAAAAGCCAGACCUCAAUUCUUGGGUUGUCCUCCAAGAACAAUUUUGUAGCUAAGGCCUCCCGGAAGCUCGCCAAUGACUUUCCCCUCGACUUAUCGCCCGUGAAGAAGAGAACUAGGAUUGACGAGAUAGCCAGCAACCUGCAGAGCAAAAUUAACCAAACGAAGCAGCAGGAGGACGCGGUGAUCAACGUGGAGGACGACGAGGAGGAAGAGGACGACAACGAAGUGGAGAUAGAGGUGGAGUUGGACAGGGAGGAAGAGCCGACGGAGCCAGUCCUGGAGGUGGCCACUUCCUUUUCGGCCCAGCAGAUCUGGGCGAGAGAUGCCGGGGAGCCCCAGAAGGAGCCCAACUUCAGAAGCGUCACCCACGAUUACAACGCCACCAACGGCGCGGAGAUUGAGCUCACCCUGUCUGAAGACGAAGAGGAUUAUUACGGCUCCUCAACAAACAUGAAAGAUCACCAGGUUGCCAACACCGCUCUGCUGAACACCCAGACUCCUAUCUACGGAACUGAGCACAAUAGCGAGAACACAGACUUUGGUGACUCCGGAAGGCUUUACUAUUGCAAACACUGUGACUUUAACAACAAAUCUGCCCGGAGCGUCAGCACCCACUACCAACGAAUGCACCCGUACAUUAAAUUCAGCUUUAGGUACAUCUUGGACCCCAACGAUCACAGUGCAGUGUACAGGUGCCUGGAAUGCUACAUCGAUUACACCAACUUUGAAGACCUGCAGCAGCACUACGGCGAACACCACCCAGAAGCCAUGAAUGUACUCAACUUCGACCAUUCGGACCUGAUCUACCGGUGUCGGUUUUGUUCCUACACGAGCCCGAAUGUCCGAAGCCUGAUGCCACAUUACCAAAGAAUGCAUCCCACGGUGAAGAUUAACAACGCGAUGAUAUUUUCCAGCUACGUCGUGGAGCAGCAGGAAGGGCUGAGUACGGAAUCCCAGACGCUGAGGGAGAUUCUGAAUUCGGCCCCCAAGAGCAUGGCGACUUCCACUCCCGUGGCUCGCGGUGGCGGUCUGCCAGCUACAUUUAAUAAAAGCACUCCUUCAAAGACCUUUACUCCAGAAUGUGAAAAUCAGAAGGACCCCUCAGUUAACACUGUUGUCGUUUACGAUUGUGACGUUUGCUCGUUCGCAAGCCCCAACAUGCAUUCUGUCUUGGUUCAUUAUCAGAAGAAACACCCUGAAGAAAAGGCUUCCUACUUUAGGAUCCAGAAAACCAUGCGAAUGGUGUCUGUGGACAGGGGCUCUGCCCUUUCUCAAUUAUCAUUUGAGGUGGGUGCUCCAAUGUCUCCCAAAAUGUCCAACAUGGGUUCCCCACCCCCCCCACAACCCCCGCCACCAGACCUCAGUACUGAGCUUUACUACUGCAAACACUGUUCCUACAGCAAUCGGUCAGUUGUGGGAGUGCUUGUCCACUACCAGAAAAGACACCCAGAAAUAAAGGUUACUGCCAAAUAUAUCAGACAGGCUCCUCCCACAGCUGCAAUGAUGAGAGGGUCCGAGGGGCCCCAAGGCUCCCCCCGGCCACCCGCCCCCAUGCAACAGCUGAACCGAAGCAGCUCUGAGAGAGACGGCCCUCCUGUGGAGAAUGAGAUGUUCUUUUGCCAGCACUGUGAUUACGGGAACCGGACGGUCAAAGGUGUACUCAUUCACUAUCAGAAGAAGCACCGAGACUUCAAGGCCAACGCGGACGUGAUCCGGCAACACACGGCCACCAUCCGAAGCCUCUGUGACCGCAACCAGAAGAAGCCUGCCAGCUGUGUGCUUGUCGCCCCCUCUGCCGUGGAGCGGGACAAAACCAAACUGCGAGCGCUCAAGUGUAGGCAGUGCUCGUAUACCUCCCCCUACUUCUAUGCACUGAGGAAGCAUAUCAAGAAAGACCACCCUGCCCUGAAGGCCACAGUCACGUCCAUCAUGCGGUGGGCAUUUCUAGACGGCUCGAUAGAAGCUGGCUACCACUGCGAGUGGUGCAUCUACUCCCACACAGAGCCCAGCGGUUUGCUCCUACAUUACCAGAGGAGGCAUCCGGAGCACUAUGUUGACUAUACUUACAUGGCUACCAAACUCUGGGCUGGGCCCGACCCAUCCCCUCCCUCUCUCACCAUGCCCGCCGAAGCCAAAACGUACAGAUGCCGAGACUGUGUUUUCGAGGCCAUGUCCAUCUGGGACAUCACCAAUCACUACCAAGCAUUCCAUCCCUGGGCCAUGAACGGUGACGAGUCGGUGCUGCUGGAUAUCAUCAAGGAGAAAGACGCCGUCGAGAAUGUCAUCCCUCCGUCCGAAGAGCUGGUGGGCGCCGUGAAUUGUGACAACAGUAUGCCCGCUCCGCUCCCCGAGCAGGACGCCGAAUGCCCGGAGGACGCCCGGCUUUCCCCCGAGAAAAGCAUCCAGCUGGCCUCCGCCAACCCCGCCAUAUCGUCCACCCCAUACCAGUGCACCGUGUGCCAGUCCGAGUAUAACAACCUGCACGGCCUCCUCACCCACUAUGGGAAGAAGCACCCUGGCAUGAAGGUGAAGGCUGCCGACUUCGCCCAGGACAUCGACAUCAACCCGGGCGCCGUCUACAAAUGCAGGCAUUGCCCGUACAUCAACACCCGCAUCCACGGCGUCCUGACCCAUUACCAGAAGCGACACCCGGCCAUCAAGGUGACCGCCGAGGACUUCGUGCACGACGUGGAGCAGUCCGCCGACAUCGCCCAGAACGACGUGGAGGAGACGAGCAGGAUCUUCAAGCAAGGCUACGGCGCCUACCGCUGCAAACUGUGUCCGUACACGCACGGCACCUUGGAGAAGCUCAAAAUCCACUACGAGAAGUAUCACAAUCAGCCUGAAUUUGAUGUGUUUUCCCAGUCGCCCCCGAAGCUGCCAGUCUCCCUCGAGCCCGAGAUGACCACUGAGGUGAGCCCCUCCCAGGUGUCCGUCACCGAGGAGGAGGUGGGAGAGGAGCCCGUGUCCACGUCUCACUUCUCUACCUCGCACCUGGUCUCCCACACGGUGUUCCGCUGCCAGCUGUGCAAGUACUUCUGCUCCACGAGGAAGGGCAUCGCCAGGCACUACCGCAUCAAGCACAACAACGUGCGAGCCCAGCCCGAGGGCAAGAACAACCUCUUCAAGUGCGCCCUGUGCGCCUACACCAACCCCAUCCGCAAAGGGCUGGCGGCCCACUACCAGAAGCGCCACGACAUCGACGCCUAUUACACGCACUGCCUGGCGGCCUCCAGGACCAUCAGCGACAAGCCCAACAAGGUGAUCAUCCCGUCCCCGCCCAAGGACGACUCCCCGCAGCUCAGCGAGGAGCUCCGGCGGGCCGUGGAGAAGAAGAAGUGCUCCCUGUGCUCCUUCCAGUCCUUCAGCAAGAAGGGCAUCGUGUCCCAUUACAUGAAGCGCCACCCGGGGGUGUUCCCCAAGAAGCAGCACGCCAGCAAGCUGGGCGGCUACUUCACCGCCGUCUACGCCGACGAGCACGAGAAGCCGCUGCUGAUGGAAGAGGAGGAGAGAGGCAGCUUCGAGAAAGCCGAGGUGGAGGGAGGCGAGGCCCAGGAGAUCGAGUGGCUCCCGUUCCGCUGCGUCAAGUGCUUCAAGCUGUCUUUCAGCACGGCGGAGCUGCUGUGUAUGCAUUACACUGACCACCACAGUCGGGACCUGAAGAGGGACUUCGUCAUUCUGGGCAGCGGCCCCCGCUUGCAGAGCCCCGCCUACCAGUGUAAGCACUGUGAUAGCAAACUGCAAAGCACAGCGGAGCUGACCUCACACUUGAACAUUCACAAUGAGGAAUUCCAGAAGCGUGCCAAACGUCAGGAGAGGAGGAAACAGCUUUUGAGCAAGCAGAAAUAUGCAGAUGGUGCUUUUGCAGAUUUCAAACAAGAGAGGCCUUUUGGUCACUUAGAAGAGGUGCCAAAGAUCAAGGAGAGGAAGGUGGUGGGCUACAAGUGUAAAUUCUGUGUGGAAGUGCACCCGACGCUCCGAGCCAUCUGCAAUCAUCUCCGGAAACACGUCCAGUACGGCAGUGUCCCGGCCGUGUCUGCCGCCGUGAAGCAGGAGGCCGAAGACCCCUCCCACUUGUUCCUGGAUGGAUUGGAAGCAGCCAAAGAUGCCACUGGCGCCCUGGUGGACCGGGUGGAUGGUGAACACUGCUUGCUUGAUGGAAUGUUGGAGGAUGAAACCCGGCCGGGGGGAUACCAUUGUAGUCAAUGUGACAGAGUCCUGAUGUCCAUGCAGGGGCUGCGUUCUCAUGAGAGGAGCCAUCUGGCCCUGGCCAUGUUUACCCGCGAGGACAAGUACAGCUGCCAGUAUUGCUCCUUUGUUUCCGCUUUCAGGCACAAUUUGGAUCGCCACAUGCAAACCCACCACGGACACCAUAAACCAUUCCGAUGCAAACUCUGCUCCUUCAAGUCCUCCUAUAACAGCCGGCUGAAAACACAUAUACUCAAAGCUCAUGCUGGUGAACAUGCCUACAAGUGUUCUUGGUGCUCGUUUUCCACCAUGACAAUCAGCCAGUUGAAGGAACACUCCCUCAAGGUCCACGGAAAAGCCCUGACCCUCCCCAGGCCACGGAUUGUCAGUCUGCUCUCCUCACACGCUCACCACUCCUCCCAGAAAGCCACCCCUGCCGAAGAAGUAGAAGACUCUAAUGAAAGAACACAGCGACCGUGAAAGCCCUUGGUGGCAGCUCUCGUAGUGAGGCCCCCACAGAAGUCAUUGGACCUACACCAUUUUUAAUGUAUAUAAAUAACCUUUAUCAAUGGGUCAGCGAUGAUUAGUUUAAUUUGAUUUUAAAAAAAAAAAAAGCUCGAUUAGAAGGCGGGUAAACAGAAAGAAGACAUCAAAUGGGCUAUUCUCAUGAGCGAGUAACUCCAUGGAAAGAGUAAUAGUUUAUUCGUUUAAUAAAUAUUGUCUUGAACCGUUGCCGUGGGUCUUGCCUAGUUUUGGAUGGCCAGGAAUGACCAAAGAGGUUCGAGACUGGGGUGACUAUUUGCUAGGGGGCUGAGUGGUGGAUUCCUAGAAACGACUAAGUCUGGGGCAUGAAAAAACAGCUGUGGGGCUAGACAGUAGCCUGUAAAUCAUGCCUUGAAUGGUGUUUGAAACACGCAUGUGAAAUCCAAUUGCACAUUUUAAUAGGGAGAAGCUGUGGGGCUGUUGGCUCUCAGUUCGGGUUUCCCACACUGCAGAUGCCAGGACAUUGUGAACACAGGCACCGAAAAUGUGUUGCAGGCCUGGGGGGAGUACAGAUCCAUAAAACCAGGGAAAUCACCAGUGUGUCCUUGGCUUUCCGAUUCCCUAGCGAGGGAUGUGAAUAAAACUAGUUGACAUGCUCACUGUUAUUUGCAGUGGUCAAAUGCUUGCAGUCUUGAGAGCGAGCCAGUCUUCUCUGGCAAGAGGAGACAGGCUGAGAAAAGAAGGUUCUUCCAAAGCUGCUUUCCCUCCCAGCCCGGAGGGAGGGAGGGAGGGAGGGGAUCCGAGAGAAGGUGGAGGGGAGGCUUCACCCAGCUGCCUGGCCACACACCGGUUCUGUACAUAAACAGGGCUCUUGGGCUCUGGGCUGUCAGUCUUGACAUGUUUCACCAGCACAAGAAUCCUUUCUACAUUCUCUGCGAUCAGUUGUUGGAAGGAAAAGCAACGGUGGUUCUGUGUGUAGGAUAAUGGGAAAUGACACAUAAUUGCUAUUCUAAACAAUGCAUUAAGGGGAAAUCAUAAGGUUGUCAACAAAAGGAAGUGCAUUCUGUGUAUGUGUUUACUGGGUUCCUUCUGCCUUAUAAAAUAGAGGACUGGUUUUUAUCACGCUUUUUCCAAGUCUCUGCAUUCAGUACAGAAAAAUACAUAGAUACGCACCUCUAUAAAAUCACAAAGAAACUAGCAUAGCAGAGUUUAGUUAGGAGAUUUGUUUGGGUCUCAGAAGCUGCACGAUACAUGGGCAGUGGCCAUGUCAUUUAAAGUUGAGCUAUAUGCUUUGUAAGUCAGGCCAGUGGUGACAUUUCCUUGUUCUCCUCCCUUGAAUUUUCCCAAAAGAACAGAUUAUUUUGUUUCUUCUGUCUACCCAGAUAUGCUGUGUGGAACUGCCGACUUUAGGAAUAGCCACUGUGAUGUGUUUAAAACAAAAAUUAAGACACUAAGACCAGGUACAAAAUAAAUAAGGUGAAUGAGGAUAACAUAGUUCUUCAGUCAACCUAGGGAAAACACCAUGAACUUUUGGUCAUGCUACCUUUUUCUCUUUACAGUGUGGGUCUCGAUACAGUCUGCCCAAUGGGGGAAGUCUAUAUGCUGUUAGGAAUUAGCAGAAAAAUGUUGUAAGGAGCUUUGUGAUUUUUGUUUUUCUUUUAGUAGAAGAUUUUCUGUUAGAACUUUUCAGUUGGCUUUUCUAUUCUUUUUUUUUAAUUAUAAAUAUUUUUUAAUGUUUUUUUCAUGUUUAUUUUUGAGAGAGAGAGAGAGAGAGAGAGCGAACACAAGCAGGGGAGGGGCAGAGAGAGACGGAGACACAGAAUCUGAAGCAGGCUCCAGGCUCUGAGCUGUCAGCACAGAGCCCGACGUGGGGCUCUAACUCGUGAACCACGAGAUCAUGACCUGAGCCCAAGUUGGGCACUCAACCGACUGAGCCACCCAGGCACCCCUACUCUGGUAACUCUUCUAUUGAUGAUUUCCUCAGUGCUCUGUUGCACUCAUGGGUAUGCUGUUGGUUCUGUUCCCUGGUUUCUAAUGGGGACAGUUAGGUAUAAGUACAUACUGAAUACUGCUUUUGAAUGACCAGCGGUUUCUUGGAGACAUCACAAUUUUCAAUUCAGUUAAUUUAUAUUGAGUCCCUUAUGUCUAAGUAACCCCACAGAACCAAAUUGUAGGGGGGUACAUUUAUUUCAUUCCCAUUUAAGAGUAAAGUUCAAGAGGCAAAUCUCGUAAAGAUGAACCCUCAGAGACUGCUUUAACAGAGAUUUUUCUGAUAUAUUCUGUGAGAGGAAAAGAUCUACCUUGAUGAAGUGUUUUAAACAGGUCAUUGUUCCCUGUAUAACCACACCUUCUCUAGAGGUGGGAAACCGAAGGUUGAAACACAGUGUAAGCCUUUCUAACUCUCAGAAGGACAUGGGAAGUGUAGGAGAGCUGGAGAGGUGUGACGUUAUUAGUGUGGUCACCUGGUAGCAGAGCCAAAUGUACACAGUCGUUGACCCUGGAGGAGGCUGGCUUGUUCUCCGUAUCUUUGAAAAAAACAAAAAACAAAGCAAAACAAAAUCGUGUUUAGUUGCAGUGAAAUCCAAAUCCAGAGAAGCUGUAGAAUGAAACUGACCAACAGAACUCCUGGGUCAGUAACCUCUUCUACCCCCAAAUUUUACCCGCCAGGAUUUUAACACAAUGUAUUGGUUAGAGGAGAUGCUUUUUAGGAGACUUAUACUGGGUAAUUUAUAGAUAAGCCAGGGAUGGGCAAACUUUUUCUGGAAAAGGCCAGAUAGAAAAUAUUUCCAGCUUUGUGAGCCAUAUAACCAUAAACACUGUGUAAGUAAAUGGACUUGGAUGUGUUCCAAUAAAACUUUAUGUACAAAAACAGGGAAGGCCCAGAUUUGGCUUCUGGGCAGUGCGUCGCUGACCUCUGCCCUAGGUAACUGGGGGAGGAGAGUGGGGAUUACAGCAGUACCCAUGAAAUUAAUCCAGUCUUUAAUAAAUGUCAUUAUAACCUUUAUAUUUAACGUGGAAUAGUCCUAGAUGCCACCUAAAACAUAACUUGACCUAAAUAUAUUCUUUAUUUCAUAUGUGAAAGGUAGGGCAUUAGAUGGAAUUUUUUAAAUAUUAGCCCGUGAAUUCCAUUUAAGCUUAAAGGAAAAUCUUCUCUAAGAAUUAUGUUGAGUCUAGCGCCAAGCUAUCAACUCAUUUAACCUUGACUGCGGCAAUACUUGACACUUAAAAAUUAAGAUCUGAGAUGCCUGCUUUUCAAAGAGAAGCUUUUCAGAUUUCUAAAUAGGUCAGACAUAAAAUUCAACCUUUAAGAGGAUCCAAUUAGUUGCUAGGGCAUCAGACCUUCCACACAGGUUCCAAUUGCAAUCAGAUUUCUCUUGGGGUGAAAGAAAGAAGAGGUGGUUUCUUUAAAAAUGACAAUAAUGAAAUGGAGACUCUAGAGUGAAUAAUUCUGAAGCAUAAAGAUUUACACCAUUUUUAGCACCUGGGAUACAAGGCAUAAUUUUAAUGGCUUGACCGUAAUUUUUAAUAGGUUCUGCUGGUCACAAAAUUACCUGACCAGAGAAUACUAACCUUCCCUUUUUGACAUCAGACUUUCUACAUUAAAACAUGAUCUAGAGUUUACUUUAAUGCUUCUUAUGAAGAAUGGCAUUUCUACUAGAAAGACUUAGAGGUUUGCAGCUCCAGUGGUGCAGUGGUACAGAUGAUUCUGUAUCUUCUGUUACACGCCCAGCAAUCUUUGGACGUGAAGCUGUUAGAACUUGGUGUCCGUGGCAAAUUCGAAACCUCCAGAAUCACCACCACCCCGAAGUCGAGUAUCAUGUGAAAGACCCUUCCCAGAGAACCCACCUGCCUGAGAUUUCUGUGACUUUUUGAAUUAGCCACAGUUUCAUGUGCCAAGGAUUAAAGAACAUUUCAAGUGUAAGCUUUCUGUGUCCUGGGAACUUAGUCAACUAACCCAUCUCCCUCUUCUCAUGCCAAGAAAAACAUUUGUUCAUCAGAAAUGUAAGCAUAUACUACUGAACUCAUUCGGAGUUGCUAGGAACUUCCUAGCAACGCUGGAGUUUGCUGCAUAAUUCCACAUCUGAUUUUUGCAUCUUUUGGUGGUUGGCUUAGAUAUUACCUUAAGUCUCCUAGAACCUACAUUGUGGGAAGUAACUACAAGAAAGAAGAAAUCUGCUUUAUUCUUUGGCAGAAAAUAUAUUCUGCCGUUGAUCAAAUCCUCUAACACCACUCACCUUGGUCUUUUUUGGAAAGAAAGAAUUUUCCUGGUCUUCUCAUUGCCUGUGUCAAUUUUUCUUUCCCUGGAACUGGAGCUAGAUAUUUUAGCCCAAUUAUAUUUGAUAUAAAAUCCUUCAAACUCUUCUUGAGACUUGUGAUUCUAUAGGCCCUCUCCUGUCUUUCAAAUAUUGUUCUGCACUAGAGGAUUUUACUCAAGCAGAAGGGAAGGGUAUUGGAUUUGGGGGAACCAGCAAGAAUGAGCCAUGAUUCAGAGGUAGAGCUCCUAGGACAGUCUUGCUGGAUCCAGCAGAAGGUAUGUCCUGAGCAAGAUGAGUAUGUGAAAAAGAAUGGUUUUUUUCCCAGUGUAGCGAUGGGAAGAAGAUGCUAGAAAUAAUCUUUUAGAAACAACUAUUAGUUAUUUUUAAAAAUAAGUUGUAUGAGUUUUGAUGGUACAGCCCAGGAAAGCAUGUGCAGAUGAUACACACAUUUUCUUGACUCGUUCAUCAUCCUAAAGACUAUUCCUGUGGAAAAAAUCCCAGUGGUGGUGGUUAAAUAAAAAUGGCAAGGUAAGUAAUGGCCAAAGUGACAUGAGAGGUUCAGGUAGGAGGGUCUGCUUGCUUUUUGCUGGAUUCAGUCCCUUGUAGUCUGUGCCCAGGAAGGGAUAACUUCCUGUCAUAGGGGCUUUUUACUUUGCAAGCAGUUUCAGAGUCAUGAACUUGAGUACAGGGCCCAGCUAAGGUUUUAUUUACCAGUAUACUGCUCUUCUAGAUGUCAUUCAAGGGUUAGGUUCUUCAGCUUCCUCAGGGACACAGAAUAUUCUUAGAUGACUCAUGCAAGCCACUCUCCUUAUGUCAUCUUUUAUUUUCAUGCGCUGUGAGCCCUCCACCAAGGCGACAGUGAUAGCUAGUCCAGCAUCAGGGCCUUCUAAAGAACCCCUUAAUCUAGUCCUUUGCUUUUAAGCAUCGCUGGCUAUUUUUUCCUCCUUGACCAGUUUGAAAGUCAUUCAUUCUGGUUUUGCGAUAAAGGGUUCUACGUGUCUCUUGUUUCGUUUCUAAGUGAUAAAAUUAAUCAUGAUUUUUGUUCUUUAAAUGCUGCUGAUUGCCUCAAAUUUGUCAUCUGAUUUAAUGUGCCUGAUGAAUCAGAGGUACAAAUUAUUAGUCUCAUUUUAUAGCAAAGGAAACUAAUACACAGAGGAGCGAAAUGGUGAGUCCAGGAGUCCUAAAACGCUUGUGCCCUUAAUCUUUGUGUCAUCUCAUGGGAGUCUUGUAGCAGAAAUGCACAUCCAUACAUGAUCCAGAGUGGCUAAGAUCCAACCGCCUCUUCUAUGUUUGGAGACCCUGAAAUCUUCCAAAAGAAACUAGAGGCAAGUUUUUAUUACUGACUGAUAUUUAGAGCUUAAAUUGUUGGAUAUACAGAUAGCAUUCAGUUAGAAGCGCAGAAUAGAAUGAAGUUGGAAAUGGUACAUUUGGAUUUCAAUAGUUCUAGCCAUGGAGAGAAGAAAUGGAAAGGUCAUGGAGGGCUUCUUGGAAGAGGUAGGGCUCAGGCUGGGCCUUGAAGGAUACAUGAGUUUUACCCAGGUAGGAGGCAGUCCAUUCAGGGUGGGAAGAGUAUCAGAAGUGAGGAAACCUACAGAAGGAGGGAUCCUAGGACACAAAGAGACCAGGCUGGCUAGAAUGGAGGGUGUAUGUUCCUGAGAAGGCAGUUGGUGAGGUGAGGGGAGGUAGAGCCAGACUACAGUGGUACUUAGUACUAGGAAGAGGUCUUUAAAUUAAAGAUGCAGGCUGGGGGUGCCUGGGUGGCUCAGUCGGUUGAGUGACCGACUUCGGCUCAGGUCAUGAUCUCACGGUCUGUGAGUUCAAGCCCUGCGUCGGGCUCUGUGCUGACAGCUCAGAGCCUGGAGCCUGCUUCGGAUUCUGUGUCUCCCUCUCUCUCUGCCCCUCCCCUGCUCAUGCUCUGUCUCUCUCUCUCUCUCUGUCAAAAAUAAACAUGAAAAAAAUUAAAAAUAAAUAAAUAAAUAAAGAUGCAGGCUGAACAGGAAAGACCAGUAGCAACAGCAGCAAGGGCUCUGGCUCCUUUGGAAGCAGGAGAGUACUUUUGAACUGGAGGGACAAUCAGCUAGCAUCUGUAGUCUUUGAGAAUGAAUGUGGAUUAGAAAUGCUCAUGAAUAGGGGUGCCUGGGUGGCUCAGUUGGUUAAGCAUCCGACUUCGGCUCAGGCCAUGAUCUCACGGUCCGUGAGUUUGAGCCCCGCGUUGGGCUCUGUGCUGACAGCUCAGAGCCUGGAGCCUGCUUUGGAUUCUAUGUCUCUCUCUCUCUCUGACCCUCCCCUGUUCGUGCUCUGUCUCUCUCUGUCUCAAAAAUAAAUAAACAUU